CACAGCCCGGCUCCGCUCGGCGCAGGGGAGGUUUCGGUAAGCUGCAGCUCUCUCUCCUUCCCAACCGGCAGCAAAUCCCUGAACCCGCAGCUGACAAGCCCUAGUCUCGCCCGCGGAUCUCAGCUCGGUUGGCGGCUCCAUGGUGAGAAGACGGGACUCUCCUUAAGUGGGGUUUUUAUGGCUUUUUAGGACUGGGGAAGGCGUGGGACAGCUGCGGAAACUCCAGGAAGCCCCUGGUCACCUCUGGAGACAACGAUGGUCACCAUGAAAGGCUGGAUCCUCCUCCUCCUCCUCUUGGGAGCCACAUCUGUUUUAGGACAAAGGAUUCUGAAACCAGCCCUCAGCAGGGUCCAGAUAGGACAGAGAACCUUCAGCCCGCUGGUAAUGCUCAGCUUGGAGAGUACGAGGAGCAGCUCUCGCCGUGGAGACCCAACCUUCACCUACGUCAGACGCAGUCCACUGGUGCAAGAUUCAAAAAGGUUUUUGUCUCCAUGGUCGAAAUGGAGCGAGUGCUCAGCAAAGUGUGGCCAAACCGGGGUGCAGAAGCGUACCAGAUCCUGCCUAGCUGAGCGCCUCUGGGGCGUGCACUGUAAUGAAGCAACUGAGGAAGGGCGGCUCUGCAUUGGACAUGUUUGCUCAGCCUGCAACAUCACCUGCCCCAUGGGCCAUGUCAACGCUGACUGUGACACCUGCAUGUGUGAGGAUGCCACCCUGCAUGGGAAGGUGUCUCUCGAGGAUGGGUCACCUGCUGCUGAUGCCCGGGUCUACCUGCAAGCCAAGAAACUCAAGCUGUUGACAAUGGCUGAUAACAGAGGCAUGUUUAGGAUCCCGGGGAUUUGUCCUGAUGGGAAAAACACCCUUAAAAUAAAGAAAGCCAAAUAUGCAACAGCAACUGUCACCGUGCCCGAGAGCAACCGAAGAAACCUGGCAAUCCAAGUGCAGCUGCAUCGAUCAGGAAAGCCCUACGUUUUCAGGAGCCCUGAGGACAAAGCCAGGAGAGUGGGACAGAGUGUGUCACUCUGCUGUGACGCUCGAGGGAGCCCAGCUCCCGACCGCUACCUCUGGUACCACAAUGGCUCAGUGCUGGAUCCCUCCUUGUACAAAUAUAAAAACAACCUUAUUCUAAAGAACCUGAAGAGAGAACAGUCAGGAGAGUAUUUCUGCAAGGCCAGCAGUGCUGGAGGGUCGGCAAAGUCUCAAGUUGCCAAGCUGGCUGUCAUAGGAACAAAAGAGGCAGCCUGUGACUCCCAACCUCAAAGCCACCUCAUCCGACUUCCUCACGAUUGCUUCCAAAAAGCAACAAACUCCUUCUAUUAUGAUGUGGGCAAGUGCCCAGCAAAGACCUGUGUGGGGAAGCUGGAUAAGGGACUUCGGUGUAAGGACAAUGUCUCCUACUGCUGUGGGGUAUCCAAGAUGGAAACCAGGGAUAUCUCCUGCGAUGGCUACACGCUCCCCACUAAAGUCAUUGUUGAAUGCGGUUGCAAAGUAUGCACCGAGACCAAAAUAAUGGUUCGAGGCAGAGCCACAGCAGCAGAUAAUGGUGAGCCACUGAGGUUUGGCCACAUCUACAUGGGCAACAAGAGAGUGAGUAUGACUGGCUACAAGGGAACCUUCUCCAUCCACGUCCCAGCAGAUAUGGAGAGACUGGUUCUAACUUUUGUGGACCGGCUGCAGAAGUUUGUGAACACAACAAAGGUUCUGCCCUUCAAGGAAAAUGGAGGUGCUGUAUUUCAUGAGAUCAAGCUACUAAGAAAGAAAGCCCCUGUUACACUGGAAUCCACCGAAACUAACAUGAUUUCUUUGGGGGAAAUGGAGGAAGAUGAUCCAAUUGCUGAAUUAGAAAUUCCUCCCAAUGCAUUUUAUAGGAAAAAUGGAGAGGUUUACAGUGGCAAAGUGAAAGCCAGUGUGACAUUUCUGGACCCAAGAAACAUCUCCACAGCCCCUGUGACACAAAGUGACCUGAACUUUGUAGAUGAGGAAGGAGAUGUAUUUCCGCUCCGCACAUACGGCAUGUUUUCAGUGGACUUCACAGAUGAACAGGGCACCGAGUCCCUCAAUGCAGAAAAGGUGAAGGUUCAUUUGGAUGCUGCUCAGGUCAAGAUGCCAGAGCAUGUGCAAGAGAUGAAGCUUUGGUCCCUGAACCCAGAGACAGGCUUAUGGGAGGAAGAAGGGGACUUCAACAUUGAGAAAAGUACAAGGCGCAAAAGGGAGGAGAGAACCUUUUUGGUUGGGAACAUGGAGAUCAAAGAGAGGCGUCUUUUUAACCUGGAUGUCCCCGAGAGCAGACGGUGCUACGUCAAAGUCCGAGCCUACAGAAGUGAGAGAUUUUUGCAAAGUGAGCAGAUCCAAGGGGUUGUGAUUUCUAUUAUAAACAUGGAGCCAGAACCAGGGUUCUCCUCCAACCCCAGAGCAUGGGGCCGUUUUGACAGCGUAGUCACUGGUCCCAACGGUGCCUGUGUGCCUGCCUUCUGUGAUGAACAAAACCCUGAAGCCUACGGAGCUUAUAUCUUGGCAAGCAUGGGGGGUGAAGAGCUCGAAGCUGUGCCCUCUGCUCCCAAACUCAACCCUGCUGCUAUUGGGGUCCCACAGCCAUACCUCAACAAGCUCAACUACAGGAGGACAGACCACGAGGACUCCAACAUCAAGAAAACAGCAUUUAGCAUUAACAUGGCCAAGCCAAGCCCUAAUUCCCCAGAAGAGAACAAUGGCCCUAUUUAUGCCUAUGAAAACCUCAGUGAAUGUGAGGAAGCUCCACACAGUGCUGCUCACUUCAGGUUUUACAGGAUAGAAGGAGACCGAUAUGACUAUAACACUGUUCCCUUCAGUGAAGAUGACCUCAUGAGCUGGACCGAUGACUACCUGGCGUGGUGGCCCAAGCCCAUGGAAUUUAGAGCCUGCUACAUUAAAGUAAAAAUAAAUGGACCUCAGGAAGUGAACGUAAGAUCUCGUAACAUGGGUGGGACGCACCCACGCACUAUCGGCAAGCUCUAUGGCAUCAGGGAUGUGCGCAGCAUCCGUGACCCCCAGAGGCGGGACGUGUCGACAGCCUGCCUGGAGUUCAAGUGCAGUGGAAUGCUCUUUGACCAGGACCGUGUGGACCGCACACUCGUCAAAGUGGUCCCGCAAGGCAACUGCCGUCGAGUGAGCGUAAACAGCAUGCUCCACGAGUACCUGGUGAACCACCUCCCCAUGGCCACCAACAAUGACACCAGCGAGUACACAAUGCUAGCACCUCUUGACCCACUGGGACACAACUAUGGCAUCUACACAGUCACUGACCAAGACCCAAGGAUUGCCAAAGAAAUCGCCCUGGGCAGAUGUUUUGAUGGCACAUCUGAUGGCACGUCCAGAACCAUGAAGAGCGACGUUGGUGUUGGGUUGACGUUCACCUGUUCAGAGAGGAGCGCAACAGAGCAAAGCAUCUUCCAGUCUCAGAGGAACUUGGGCCAGCAGUCUCCGAGGGACCCAGGCCAGCAAUCUCCGAGGGACCCAGGCCAGCAGUCUCUGAGGGACUCGGGCCAGCAGACUCCAAGGGACUCAGGCCAGCAGACCAUUCUGGUUCUGCCAGGGCAGAGCCCUGCAUACCGGAGGCCACCAGCAAGCCGCCGAAACAACCAAGCCAAGAUCCCGAUGAUAGGUCAACGUCCCACCUACUAGAGCUGUAUAGGAGCACUGGUAAAGUCACUCAUGCUCAAUUAAAUAUCAUUUGAAAGUAACACCAACCCGCUAAAUAAUGUUACUGAAAGCUGGUAGGUGUCAUUGUUUAUGAGACAUAAUUAAGGUGCCAUUUUUUUUUCCCCACCAGAAAGGAAAGACAUAAGGUGACAAUAGGUGGCCAGCAGAGGUAGUGAGUUUGUGUCUUAUUAAAUGCAUCCAUAAAAUUCUUCUUUCUGCCUGACAUUAAACAGCUUCACAUGAUAGCCUAAAGGGAAGACUAAACACAUGAUUCAAUAAAGUCAUGUACAUAAAACAUUCUUCUGUUCUGCAUCUGCAGACUUUGCCAGCCCAAGUACCUGUACAGUAGUUGGUAACAUGAAAAGGAAUAAACUGAUUUCCUCAUACUGAAUUCAACUGCAAGGUUUUGUACUUGAAAUGUAAGUAUUUUAUUUAUUUCUAGCUUGUUUUAGAAUGACUGUAUUCAAGCUAAACUACUGGCAGCUGCAUUUCUAAGAACUCAUAUGCUCAAUAGCACAGAGAAGCCAUGUGGAUUUGUAGGUUCCACGUAGAUACAGCUAGAGUUUUCUCUUGCUUCUUGCAUUAUUUAACAAGAAAAUCCACGCUCUACGAUAGGGUAGGUUAAUAAAAAAAGUAAUUUUGUAACUUC